AGGACUUUUCAUGGAACUUAAACUUAUUUUAAAAUUUACAUGGAAAGAAAUAAUUGCAAGGAGAGGAAAACCCAUUUUGGAAUACACUGAGUGGGUAGGAUAAUGAAUGGGGAAAAAUAAGGCCAUCAGUUAUCUUGAAUCAAUUUAAUGGUGUCUUUCUUUACACAGACCUUUAAAAGUUUUACCUAGUGAAAUUUGCCUGUGCCUUUUGGGUUUUUGUGACAUGCUACCUCAAGAUUAUAAAAAUAUUUCCCUGUAUUUCCUUCUGGUAUUCUUAUAGCUGUAUAUUUUUAGUUUAUGUCUUUGUCUCAGCUGCAGUUUAUUUUUGUGUAUGGUAAGAGGUAAUGAGAAAUGCAGUACUUAAAAGGGACCAGUAAUGUAGUGGCAGAGGUACUAGCUUAGAAGUCAGAAGUCAGCGACCUAGGCUUGCUCUCAUAUUACCUUCGUAAUCUUAGACAAAUGAAUUCUGUCUGGUGCAAGAGCCCUCAUCUUGAAAAUGAGAAUGAAUAAAUAAAUAAAUACCCUUUCAGGCUAAUUUCUAGCAUUACUGUGAGGAAAUAAUGAGAAGACUUUGAGAAAAAGAAAGAAUCUUUUGCAAAUUUUCUAAGUUUUCAUUAAUACAGAUUUUUGGUUUAUACAAAUCAAAUGUUAGUGGAGUGCAGUGUUACUUUUUUGUACUUAAAAAUCAUCGGUUGAUUCACCAAAUGUUUAUUGAGCGCCUUGUGCAAGACCUUGGGGGAGGGGAGUGGAGAGUGGGGAAGAUGAAAACUACCUCUUUUUUUUGAGUGCCUAUUUUGUGUUUGGUACUUUUCUUAAAGAAGGAUGAAAAUUAGUCCUCUCCCCCCUGGAAUUUACAAUCUAGAAGGGUUCAAGGAAACACUGGGUCCUUAAAGAGAAUAGGUGCUUCCCUAUUAAUGUGGAUGUUGAGUCAGUAGACAGCAUAGGAUCAGCGUUUUCAUUUUCUAACAAUAAGCCUGACUGAAAGUGCUUUAAGAGGCUACUUUAAUCCCUUUGCACACAGGCCGGCCCCCUCCUGUGUGACCUUCGUUGACUUCCUUGGUACACUCUUCUCUCAGGUCCACCCCAUCAUUUAUUCAAACGGUAUUGUAAUGAAUACCGAUUAAUGUUUUCCUACACCAGCUCUCUAUAGCUUUAAGGAGAGCCUAAGUGUUGUUUUUUUUCUCUUUGGAGGCUACCCUGGGCCAAUUGAGCAGCGUUCCCUGGCACUGCCUUUCCUUUCGACUCUGUGGGCAAGGUCAUGAGAGUGAUGUCAUGGUCAUGUGACUGCUGCCUAUACCUCACUCCCUCUGCUUCGCUGGUCCUAACAUUCUGAAAAGCAAAUCGUGUACCCUGCCCCCGCCUCACGGGAACAGACACCUGAGCAGAAGAUUUUAUCCUGAUGGCUGACUCUAAACCACUCCUCUCCCUUGACUGGGACCCCGUGGCUGCAGAAGCCUUGCUUCGGGAUGUGUUUGGAAUUAUUGUGGAUGAAGUCAUUUGGAAAGGGACCAGUGCCUCUGAGAAGGUCUGCGAGUGGAAGGAGCCGGAGGAGCUGAAGCAGCUGCUGGAUUUGGAGCUGCGGGGCCAGGGGGAGUCACAGGAGCAAAUCCUAGAGCGGUGCCAGGCUGUGAUCCGCUACAGCGUGAAAACCUGUGGGUCCUGGGUUCUGGUGGGGAGAGGUCUAGAGUUUUUACCCAGCUCCACUCUGAGCCCCCUGUCCCCUUCUCCAGGUCAUCCUCGCUUCUUCAACCAGCUCUUCUCAGGGUUGGAUCCCCAUGCUCUGGCUGGGCGCAUUGUCACUGAGAGCCUCAACACCAGCCAGUACACUUACGAAAUUGCCCCUGUAUUUGUACUCAUGGAAGAAGAGGUGCUGAAGAAACUCCGGGCGCUGGUGGGCUGGAGCUCUGGGGAUGGGGUCUUCUGCCCUGGUGGCUCCAUCUCCAACAUGUAUGCUGUGAACCUGGCCCGCUAUCAGCGCUAUCCCGAUUGCAAGCAGAGGGGCCUCUGGGCACUGCCGCCCCUGGCCCUCUUCACAACAAAGGAGUGUCACUACUCCAUCAGAAAGGGAGCUGCUUUCCUGGGACUUGGCACCGACAGUGUCCGAGUGGUCAAGGCAGAUGAGAGAGGGAAAAUGAUCCCUGAGGAUCUGGAGAGGCAGAUCAGUCUGGCCGAGGCUGAGGGUGCUGUGCCAUUCCUGGUCUGUGCCACGUCUGGCACUACGGUUCUGGGAGCCUUUGACCCCCUGGAAGCAAUUGCUGAUGUCUGCCAGCGUCGCGGACUGUGGCUGCACGUGGACGCCGCCUGGGGUGGAAGUGUCCUGCUGUCACAGACACAUAGACAUCUCCUGGAUGGGAUCCAGAGGGCUGACUCCGUGGCCUGGAAUCCCCACAAACUCCUCACAGCAGGCCUGCAGUGCUCAGCUCUUCUUCUCCGGGAUACCACGAAUCUGCUCAAGCGCUGCCACGGGUCCCAGGCCAGCUACCUCUUCCAGCAGGACAAGUUCUACGAUGUGGCCCUGGACACGGGAGACAAGGUGGUGCAGUGUGGCCGCCGUGUGGACUGUCUGAAGUUGUGGCUCAUGUGGAAGGCACAGGGCGGGCAAGGGCUGGAGCGGCGUGUCGACCAGGCCUUUGCCCUUGCCCGGUACCUGGUGGAGGAAAUGAAGAAGCGGGAAGGUUUUGAGUUGGUCAUGGAGCCUGAGUUUGUCAAUGUGUGCUUCUGGUUUGUGCCGCCCAGCCUGCGGGGCAAGCAGGAGAGCCCGGAUUACAGCGAAAGACUGGCCAAGGUGGCCCCAGUACUCAAGGAGCGCAUGGUGAAGGAGGGCUCUAUGAUGAUUAGCUACCAACCCCAUGGGACCCGGGGCAACUUUUUCCGAAUGAUCGUGGCCAACCCCGCGCUCACCCAGGCGGAUAUGGACUUCCUCCUCAAUGAGCUGGAACGGCUAGGCCAGGACCUCUGAGUCUCCUUCCUUUUCACUGUUGGCCUUGACACCUCCUUCGCCCUCACUGGCUCUGUGUCUUCCCUCCCUGUGUUCUCAACACCAAUCUUUUUAGGAAACAGUAGAUAUAACAAUGUUUAUAUCCUUCAACCUAUUAACUCUCCCAUUAAGCAUUUAAUAUUAGGAGAAUGUUUAAUAAGCUAUAGUAUAUCCUUAUGAUGGAAUGUUAGUUUGCCUUUAGAAUUAUGUUUACAAAGAGGGUUUAUAUUGAUAUGAGAAAAAAAUAACUUUAAUAUAAUGUUAUGUUGAAAAAUCUGGAUGUAGUACUUUAUAUAUAGUAAUAUCUGAACUAUAUUUAAAAAUACAUAGAAAAAGAUUGAUGAAAUAUGCCAGAAUGUUAAUAGUUUUUCCUCAGAUGGUAUUAUAGGCAAUUUAAGAAUUAACUUCUUGCCCUGGCCGGUGUGACUCGGUUGGCUGCUGUUCCAUGCACUGAAAGGUUGCUGGUUCGAUUCCAGGUAGGGGGUGUGCAAGAGGCAGCCGAUCGAUGUAACACUCUCACGUCAAUGUAACACUCUCACAUUAAUGUUUCUGUCUUCUCCCUUUCUUCCUCUCUAAAAAAUAAAAAAUUAAAAUUGACUUCUUUAUGCCUUUUGUGCUCCCUCUUUUUGUUAUAUAAUGAACAUACACAUUACUUUUAUAAUAGAAAAAUAAUAAAGUUAAAAUUUUAACUAUAUUAUUUUGGUAUGUUUUGAAGUUUGUUACUUUUCAACCAAAUAAUGGAGAAUGCAAAUUAAGUUUUUUUAAAAAGGCCGGUGAAAGAUAGAAAAGUUUUAUCCCAAAAUCUUUAGUAGGAUCGAAAAGACCAAAACUGGAGUUACUCUAAAAUUAAUUGUACUUUAGUGACAUUGAAACAAAAUGGGCACUGACUGUAUCUUAAGACCAGAGCCUUGUUCACUUAUUCUUAAAACUCCUCACCAAAAAAGAAAAAAAUGAAUUUUAUCCUGUAAUUUAAACACAACCCAAGUUUAAAAAAAAAAACCAUCCAGAGCACUGUUACGUUGUCUGUUAUUGCUACUGUCUUACAUAAAAACAUUCAUUUUACACUUACAGUUCCUGGCGGUGUUGCUCAGUCACUUUUUGGGAAAGAGGUGUUUAGUUACACAAGUUACUAAGGAAAGUGGCAAGUUUACCAGAACUUUCUGUUAUUUCCAAUUCCUAAAAAUACCAUUUAUGAAAACAAUAAUAUGGUCAUGUAAAAGUCAUCCAAAGUUAUUUGCAGAGGCAAAUACAAACUGUCCAAACCAUAGCAAAAGAAUAUCCA